AUGAAGGCCAUGGAGGAGAAGAUCGACGAUCUUGUCACGGCAUUGGGGGAAGUCUCCCAUUGCAAUGCUGCUCCAGAUUCAGGCAAGAAGAAAUAUCCCCUUGUGCCGCCUAGCGAUGGCAAAUCGCCGCUCACUGCAUCGCCACGGCACUACGAGCGCGGCAUUCCUGGUGUCGUCCAGGCAAGUCCAAGGGUCGACCAUUCGUCGGACAGGAUCUUGUUCCAUGCCGUGGCCAUACGCUAUGAGCUUGUGAUGGAAGGCAAGGAUCCAUUGCAACGGCACGCCACGGAGUUUGGAAUCCUUCUACCCACCAGAGUCGAUCCAGCCGUGGCAGCGAUGGUAGUGGAAUUGUUCCUCCAAGAAAACUCCAUAGUCCGUGCCCAUCUAGAGGAGAUUGGAGAAGUGCUGGUUUCCUCGGACGAGGUGGUGAAGAUCAAAGAAUUUACCAAAUGGCUUUUCGAUCUCGUCCUGGGCCGCUCCCAAGACGCGAGGCUAUCGGAGUACCGAGAGGGUCCAAAGCUUUACUAUGCCGUUCCACUGCUAGAGACUUGGCGAUGGAGGAGAGAGGAGUUUAAGCUGGUCGUGGAUUGGAACUUGAUGGCUGCUGCAACUUCUUCCGGUUUGCAUUACGCUGACUCGAUGAUCGCUUCCGAAGCACAGGCCUCGAACGAGAAGAUCGCGAUUGACAGCUUGAUCCUUUGCUCUGGAAAAUCGUGCGUCGUUCUAUCGAAACACUCGAACGAAGUUGUUGCUGUGAGGGCGCACCGGGCACUGAGCUAUCUCACGAAACACAAUGGUGCUACACUAACGAAAAAGCUAAGAGCCGUCACCUUUUCAAGAAGGGAGUGCGUACUUUCGAAAACUUUACUACCGGGAAGCUUGCAUAGAGGCGCUCUUCGGCUUCCUUCUGUUAUGUACAGGCUUGAGAUGGCACUGCUAGCCGCAGAACUGCGUGAUGCAAUGGACGUCCCGGUCUCAGCUUUGAAGCUGUUGGAGGCUUUGACAUCCAGAGCAUGCUGUUUCAAUGUAUCUUACGAGCCACUAGAACUGUUAGGAGACAGCGUGCUGAAGAUCGUCGCUGGAACGUAUGUCUACGCGACGAUGCCUUCGAUGGGCAGUGAAGAGCUUGGCCUGGAGCUGUACAAUAUAGUUUGCAACAGCACGCUUUCCAGUUUGGCACUAGCUCGGAAUCUGUACCGGUAUGUAUUUGCGGAGAUGUUUUCGCCGCUGAAGUGGAUAUCUCCGGGCAUGAUACCAGCAGCGGCAAAGAUUCCGGAACAACUGCUCUCGACGAAGACGCUGGCGGACGUAGUAGAAGCCGUUCUGGGGGCAUGCGUGCUGGAAGGGGAACUUGCUGCCGCUAUGGCAGCAGCGAACUGGCUCCAGAUACCAGUCCGGUUUCCUCCUGAGGCCGAAGAUCAUCACAGAUUCGAAGUCACAGGCUGCGGAUCAUUAACAGAUGAUGAUUUGAAGGAACUACAAGAGAAACUCGGCUAUCAGUUCAGGAACAAGCAGGUCUUGCGAGUUGCUCUGAGCUUUCAUGACGACAACUUCACUUUCAGGCGUCUAGAGUUUCUCGGCGAUGCAGUGCUGGACUACCUCGUGACACGGCACUUGGUCAGAUCAUUCCCGGACCAGUCGGCCGGUCGCCACAACACCAUAAAGCAGGCAACGAUCAACAAGGAGCACUACUCCUGCAUUAGUAUUCGUCACGGCUUCCACGUUUAUCUUCAGAAGGUCCACUUCGUCCCUCAAAUUGCCGAGUUCGCAGAAUCACUUGUCGAAGAGCAUGCAAGGGGGAAAGCAUGCUCGACUUUCGGCAUUUCCAGACUAAACUCACCAAAACUGCUUGGAGACGUGAUUCAAACACUGGCAGCUUCAAUUUUUAUCGACUCCGAGUACGAACCAGAUAUUGUUUGGAAGGUGUAUGAAAGGCUCUUAGAACCAAUCGCCACUCCGGAAAACGUGAUGCUCCAUCCAGUCAAGCAGCUCGAGACCUUGUGUAGAGAGCAAAGACUUGCUCUCGAGAUCCAGUGCACUGAGGUGGACGGUUUCAUACGCGCCGAUGUUGUGAUCGACAAUGAGCGCGUCAGCUGCUGCGAGCACGAAGAGAAGCGCGUGGCAAGACGCUUAGCUGCGAUGCAAGUACGUAUAUAUAUAUUAUCAACUCAGUUUUUCGUCCUCUAACGCAAAGU